UAGCUAGUAAAAGCGUCCAUGCGGCAGAGUAGAGACGUGGUAGAAACGUAGCAAACGAAGUGUAAUCGUAUGGUAUCGUGCGUGAAUGUAAGUGUGAGUGUCGCGUGCUGAUCACAGCCGGGAAAAGCGCGAGUGAACGUGCUGGUCACAUGUGACGGUAUCGGAAAGAGCAUCGAGAAUUGCAUGUGUUUCAAAAUUAUUAUAGCAAGUCUGGCGUCGAAUAUAUAACAGUGAGUGUGUCAUGGAAGCAGGAUUUUUAAAUUUCCACGAUGAGGAGCACUUUUCGGAUUUCUCACUGCCCUUGGACCAGCACAAUUUGCUGGAGGAGUCACAGGGUUCACUAAUGGAAAUGGUGCAUGACGAAUAUGGAUAUAUUGAAAAUCGCAUUGAUACUUCUGCUGGCCUUUGGGGCACAGAACAAGAGCUUAAUGGAGAUAUAGCUGUGUUACCAGUUUCUGGAGUUGCCUCCGUUAUCCCCAAAAUGGAGCAUACUAAGGAGGACUUUGCUAAGGUCCUUACAGAUUGGCAGGAGCACAUUGGUUACCUUCAGGCUUCGGACAUGGAAGAGGACAUAGAUGUGAAGGAUAUGGUAAGCCUCACCAUGAGUACACCUGAGAAGAUGAGUACAGAUCUUCCAAAGAAUAUAUUCCAAGAUGAACCAUCAAGUCGUAAUAGCCAACGCUCACCAUCUGGAAAACGAAGUAAACCAAAUGACAUCAAACAUCCACGUUCGAAAGUCAUACGCAUGUCUGAAUCAGAACAGAGUGACAAAGAUAUAGAUGUUGUAGGGCUAGACUCGGUCGACGAAAUAGACCCUGACAUUGACCUGACCAAUAUCAAUUGUGAACGUGCGAAUUCCCUGUGUGAUGAUUUUGAUUAUGAUGAUUUAGGUGGUGCGGUGAAAAACGGGACAUUCGACCUCGCAUCCUACAUUGCGGAAGAUGACGAUAAAGCCGAGAAGACCGUGUCAGCGAUCGGACGUGAUCCUAAUUCCACUUCUGAGAAGCAGCUAAAAAGGAACAUCGUCAAUGAGGAAACAAAAAAGGACCAACAACUGAAGCUUAAGACAGGUGGUAUCACAAGCAAACUGCCUAAGAAACAAAGAAAGGCGGUUAAACACAAAUUGGAAACUGAAAGUGAAGACUGCAUUGACGUGGAAACAGUGUCCGAACAAGUACCAGUUUUGGAAGCUGGUGAUGUUAAGAGUCUCUUGGAGCAAUUCGAAGCCUCUGAAGCUGUCACGAAUUUCACACUCUCUAGUAGCAACGGUCGACUUGUAACAGGGAGUGAUUUACGACUUUAUUCAAAUAAGGGUCGCCCGACUCUGGAGAAAUUACAGCUGACUCCGAUAAAGAAACCAGCAGAGGCGCAAGAUUCCACAUUACACCAAAAUAUCAGAGACUCUCUUCCAAAAGAAAUUAUCGACAGGAUAAAGGCAUCAGGGCGUAAAAAAAUUAUAUCAGUGAUACCUGCGAUACCCAACACAAAAAGUGGAACGCGUAGUAGUGGAACACGAAUGCAAGAUGCUGCGGCGACACUUUCACGUAACAAACUACUGAAAAUAGUGGCCAACAGUCCGAACGCAAGUGGAAGAAUCGACGGGUCUGUUCAAUUGGAUCACGACUACUGCAGUAGCGCUAGUUCAGCUAUCAGCAGCUCAGACAGCAACAUCGGUCGCAAGAAUAACACGAGGCGCUGUGGUGGAGAGCGCUGGACAGACAAUAGCUCAAAGAAGGACAGUGGUUUGGAAUCUGGUGACGUCAGCGAUGCCAGCGAAGAGCAGACCAUGACUGAGGCUAAAGUUAAAGGAACAGCGAUGGACCAUGCUAGGGAUCAGCUCAAGGAAUGUCAACUCAAGCAAACGAAUUCCAAGACCGUGAAUACCGUAAAUUCCGUGAAUUCUGUAGUUUCUGUAAAUAUUUCUAAUGCGUCUAACAAGUCAGCAAAUAAGCCUACUCCAGUGUAUGAAAUGAAGAUAAGGUCAGCACUCGCCACUAGUAUACUCCAGCUAAGAAAAGGUGUUCUCACCAAGACAAAGUCUGUAGACGGUGGAGGUCACAAAGUCAAACAAAUGGUUUCCGUCCUGAAGAAACCACCAAAUGUAUCACAGCCUCUGAUUUUGUCAAGUAAUCUUAAUGAGAGUAUUGUGACUACGACUAACAGCUUAAACAACAAAGUUCAGAACAUCAUACUUCAAGAUAUUUCGAGUGAAAUAACAAGCGAAGACACAAAGAGACCGCCGCGAAAGAAACUUAAUUUGGCGGAAUACAGAAGCAGACGGGAACAAAAUCGUAGUGAUAGUAGUAGAACUAGUUCUCCCGUACAACCAAUGACUUUGGUGUAUAUUCAUCAUGUGUCGACGACGACGGAACCGAUAAAGGACGAUCCUGAAAAUCCAGUUUGGUCUGAGAGAGAGAUUGUUUCUAUACUAAAACCGAAGUCUGAAGUGGAAGAGGAGAAAGUCAAACCCAAACCACCAACUCGUGAAAUAGCAAUACAGACUAAUGAGACAGUUUUCGACUGUCCAUCGAGGACCAGCGAGAACACCGAUGAAAAUGAUGCGCAAAAGAAAGUUAGUCAAAUGAAAGACAGGAAACAACGACGGUACAGACAGCACAGAGUUACUUCCAGUUCAAGUCGAUCAAGAUCAAGAAGCAGAAGUAAAAGUAGAAGCAGAAGCAGAAGCAGAAGCAAAAGUAGGAGCAGAUCACGCAGACGCAGCAAUAAUCGCCGCAGAAGAAUAAGUCAUCGACGUAGCUCCGUCAGUUCCAGUAGCAGUUGGUCAUCGCGUUCUCGAUCACACACAAGAUCUACUUCCAGUUCGAGGUCGAGGUCAUCCCGAUCACGUUCUAGGUCUUCCAGGUCAAGAUCAAGGUCUUCCUCACGAUACUCCAGUUGUUCCAGGUCUUCAUCUCGAUCGAAUUUCGGACGGAGUAAAUGGUCAGGUCAUCGGAGAGGAGAAAGGCGCGAACGCAGGAGAAGUUAUGAUAGGCACAGACGCCGCUCCUCUAGGAGCAGUCAUGGCUACAGGGACUGGAGGAGAUCACCACCAAACUCCUAUAGGAGACCUUAUGAUGGCUGGUACGACAGAGAGAAGCAGAGGCAGGUGGAGGAACGAAGAGUUAUUUAUGUAGGAAGACUAGACGAGGGUAUCACAAAGGCUGAAUUGCGGAGGAGAUUUGAAGUUUUUGGACCCGUCGUUGAUAUCAGUGUACAUUUUCGUGAACACGGGGACAAUUACGGUUUCGUAACGUUCGCGUAUAAGAAUGAUGCAUAUGAAGCUGUUGAACAUGGCAACGAUGAUCCUUCUCAGCCGAGAUACGAUCUUUGUUUCGGUGGGCGGAGAGCGUUCUGCAAAGUGAAAUAUGCAGAUCUUGAUGGAAUUGCAAGCAAUUCAUUGGGGGGUGGCAGCAGAGGUAUGCUCAAGGCUGAUGAAGACAAUACGUUUGACCUCUUGCUGAAGGAAGCGCAGGCUAAACUACGUAAAAGAAAGGUUUGACAUACGUACUGCUUAUUAGUUGUAAAUGUAAUUUAAAGACUAGUACAGUUAUCGUCGUUGCGAUUGCGAUGAAACGGGAAACAAUACUGUAUAGAUAGUAACGAACGUAAUAAUGUCAGUGGUACCACGUCAGAGAGCAAUGUAAUACAGUUAAUGUAAAGUUACACUCGCUGUAUUUUUUUGGAUUCCUCGGCACAUAGCUGACGCAAUUAACAAAUUAUAAUUAUGUAAAGUAGGAUUGAACUUGUAGAUAUACAAGCGAUUAGGUAACCAUGCGCCAGCAUUAGCGUGCUUGCGCGUAUUACAAGGAAAAAAUAAUAAUCAACAUCAUAUGAUUCCCACGCGCGCUGUUUUGUGGCAUUGAUCUUUUGCAAAUACUCAGCGUUAAUUCUUAUUUAAACAUUGUUUUUCUUUUUUUUUUUUUAUAAUUUAUCAGCUGUAAUCUUUUGAUGCAAGUAUCUGCAUGCAUUUGUAUCUGAUAUUUGAAGUAUCGGUAACGAGUGUACGGUCCUGAUAUAAAAUUUACUUCCAAACGAUAUCCUUCUGUUCUAUUUUGCUUGGGUGUCAAAAGUUCAUAUCCGCCCUCUAUUCUGAAUUAUUGACAGUGAAGUACACUACACAAGAUCAUUUUAGCCUUUCUUUUCUUUAAUAUAUAUAUGGUUUUUUUUUGUUUAUGAUCUAACGGUUCUCUAUAUUAUACUGUCGAUUGAAUAGAGCUGCGAGAAACUUUUUACCUGUUUUGUAAAAUGGAACGAUUUCUGUAACUUCCUGAACUCUUAUUUCUGGCGUCAAACAUGCUCAGAAAAAUAAGUUACAAUUCCUUGUACGUCAGUCAUAUAAGUCGCAUGAUUACUUGUUGAUUUUAACUCGGGCGAAUGUGGCAGAACGUUGAGAAUUGUGGGAUCACUUCGCCGACGAAUGUUUAUAAUACUGCCAUAAAUUCGGAGCUGGGGAUGCGAAAUAGAAAUAAUGUGUCUGAAUUUACAAUUCACUUGUCGAUUAAAACUACAUGUUAUCAAUGUCCGUUCCUCUGUAACUUGACACGUUGUAAUGUCAGGAUAACGAAUAUUAUAACGACGCAAUUCUAUGAUUGGUGUAACGAAAAGGUACUGUUACGGAUCUGUAAAAGUAUUAUACCUAAAUCUAUACUUAACGUAUAAUGGCACGUGAGUACCACACAUAAAGCAAACACAGUGUCAAAUCGAUAUCAUACAGAACAAUUUAGUUUUCUCGAUAUGUCCAUUUUAUAUCUGAAAAAGCAAACACGGGAAUUGAUCCUGCUUGAAGUUCCUUGUUUUGAAAAUUAUUUUUUAACAUUGGUCCGCCUGAUUAUGUAUCCAUUGACAUGCCGAUUCUUUUAUUAUAAUUUUUUAAUGUACUCACGACUGGAUAUCGUGACGAUAAAAAAUUAUUUUAUCUUACUUCACUUUCUUUUUUCCCUUGAGUUUCAAUAUUUCCUGAAACGGGUAUACGUAAAGGAAUAUAUUGGAAAUUAUCUUAUUGUAUUUGGCGGAUUAGGGAAUACGAUCUGCAUGACAUUUUCCUAAGCUCGAUCGUAUAAGUCAACUACAUCUAAGAAUUUAAUUAUGCAAAUAUAAUUAAGUAUCUUUAAGUAAUAUGUGUACUCAUCUCAUAUGCUGAAACUCGUGGUGUUGUAUAAUCGCAACGCCAAGUCCAUCAUGUUUUAUAUUACAUUAUGAUCUUAUGAUAAUGUCAUUGCAUCCAUCCUAACUGGUAGACCCAUUUAAUUAGGAGAAUCGGAGAAUAUGGGAAUUUCAGUUUAAUUGUUACUAGAUACGUUAGAAUUGCAGGGGCCAUGACCCUUGCAAAUCUAAGGUAGCACAGUUAUCCAGCUGCUUUUCUAUCAUUUUGAUACGUUCUCUGAAAUUGUAUGGGUUGUCUUUUGCGUAUAAUUUUAUACAGUAAUAACAUUAACAAUGAUAGUGGUAAUUGUAGUUAUAAUUGUAAUCGAGGUAUCAGUAAAAAUAUUAAUGAUACUAAUAAUAUCGAUACUGUUAAGAACAAGGACUCGUAACAGCUGUGAACAAUUUUGUACGAGAGGUAAAUGAGGAUCUAUCGAUCGUGCGAAUGAACUUUAAAUAAUUAAAUUUCUCUGACGCCGUACCUAUAUGGCAGAAUUGCUAUCGAUGACAGUGUCUCCAAGUAAAAUCUAUGACAUAGGUAUAAAAGUGUGGGAAAAAUUUUAUCUUGAAAGUGUAUCAGAUCAACUAUAAGUUUGCAAAAUGCACACUUGAUCUUGCAGGCACUUCGAUAGAUCUCUUAGUUAUCGCGUUAAACCUUUAACCCACGAGAGAAUUAUAAUUUGCUUCUGAAUAUUACGUUAUAGAUAUGUGAUAAACGAAUUACGCUGCUUUUAA